UACCUUAAUUCCUGCUUUGCUUUAUUUGGGCCAGAAGUUUGAUCUUGAAAAUUUUACUUUUGUUUCGGACGAUUGUAUGAUCGUCAUUACCUGGUUCAGGUCCUCCUUCGGUUGCAAUGUUCACCCUUUAUUAUCCACUUUCCUGCCUCCACUUGAUGAGAAAAGCCAAAGCUAGAGUCCAAAGUUUGUACAUUAAUAGAGGUCUCAUUUUUAAGUGUUUCUAGAAUGUCAGGCAAAAUGGGAAUCUUGGAUCACCUUCUUUACAUCAUGUCAUGGAUGCUUAACUAAUUUGCAUUCCAGAUAAAUAUGCUUUAUAUAGAGUUUUGUGUUUUUUCUGAAGUUGACCACUGGAAGAAUAUUUGACAAAUCAAUUUAUUCCAAGUAAUCAAUCGAGUUAAUUCAUCCACUAUGCACUUAAUAACCACUUUUAUUGUCAACUUAUAGCUGGCUACUUGGAUAAAUUCCGAAAUACAGUUGUCUUGAUUGUCGUUCUGAUCCUGACACAGGCAUUACGUCCUGCAAGUUCUUCGAACAUAUUGAAGAAUUAGUGAUUUUUGCAUGUUCAUUUAUGGUAUUUUAACUUCAAUUUUAUUGGUUGUAGACACAAUUUCUUGUUUGUUGGAUUGGAUGGGACCUUAAAUCAACAGCAAAGGGAAAAAGUACUCAACAAGUUUGCUGAGAAUACAAACAUAUUGGUACUUCUAAUGUCACUGAAGGCUGGUGGUGUUGGAAUAAACCUUACGGCAGCAACUAAUGCCUUUCUUAUGGAUCCUUGGUGGAACCCAGCUGCUGAAGAACAGGCUGUGAUGCGAAUACAUCGCAUUGGUCAAACCAAAAGUGUAGCCAUCAAAAGAUUCAUUGUAAAGGGGACCGUGGAAGAAAGAAUGGAAAUGGUACAGGCUCGAAAGCAGAGGAUGAUAUUUUGACAGGGGAAGCAGAAAGAAUUAGGCGUCGUAGGGGCCUCUUUGCUCUUCGGGAUGAGCCAGAGGUGGCUCGUGUAUGGCUGCCUAAUAUUGACUCCCCUGGAUUGGCAAUGGCACGAGCCUUGGGGGAUUUUUGUUUGAAGAAUUUUGGUUUGAUUUCUGUGCCAGAGAUUUCAUAUAGAUGCAUCACAGAAAAAGAUGAGUUCAUCGUCUUGGCUACUGAUGGGGUCUGGGAUGUCUUGUCCAACAGAGAGGUGGUAAAGAUUGUCGGUACUGCUUCUGCAAGGUCCUCCGCAGCUCGUAUUCUUGUUGAAUCAGCAGUUAGGGCAUGGAAGCUCAAGUAUCCAACCUCGAAGAUUGAUAACUGCGCUGUGGUCUGCCUCUUCCUUGGUAUAGAUUCAUCCAACGAUUCCUCCGUUGCCAAGGCCGGUGAAGUUAGUGUACCACUGGAUGUCAUCGAGAUUGGCCACAACAAACAAGAACCUGCAGGGCCAACUUGUCUGAACCAAUCUGGCACGAUCAGAGCUCGCACUACAAAUUAUCAGGAUAAGGAAGCAACAAAAGACCGUGUCUAGAUCUCGGUCACGUCAAGAACCUCCCGCUGCAGUGACAUCUGAGUGCAGGGUGAUGACGGGGGUGGUCUAGAGAGUUUGUGCCAAGUGAAUACCUUAAUGAUGCUGCCAUAGUUCAUUGCAGGGAGGAAGCUGUCAGCAACCGACAGCUUAAUUAGUGUCCGGGGGCUUGUUAAAGAUGUCAGCGGUUGGAACUCUUUGUUUUCGAUGAGAAGAGCAGCCCGACUAUAUUAGAAUGUCCAGGUGUUCUCUCUCGUGUGAUCUCCUAUAUGUCGGUGUGUAGGAUUGCAUUUUUUUGUUUGUACAACUUCAACUUGUUUACUAUAAUUUGUUAUAUUUGUCAUUUGAGAUUUGAGAAA